CUCUCAUCAUUCCCUCUCCCCCCCCCUCCUCUCUCUGAUCGUCCACGCAUCCUACAUGGCUCAGGAGGAGACCCAGAAACCUGCAGUCACAGCCGCGUCCGUCGAGCAGGGCGGUCCUGGCCCAUCUCCGACACCGCCUCCAAAGCCGGUGCCGCUGAAGGAAGAAGCUCCGGUGACCCAGGAGGUUCCGGCGCCUGCUCCGGUCGCGGAGAAGGAGGUGGCAGUGCCGGCUCCAGAGUCUGCACAGGAGAAGGAGGCGCCGGUGGAGGAAUCUGAGAAACCUGAGGAGGAAGGAAUCGCUGCGGGGGAAGCGGAGAAGCGAAUCGUUCAGUCGGAUUCAUUCAAGGAGGAGAGCUACGUGGCGUCGGAGCUCCCGGAAUCUCAGAGGAAGGCGCUUGAGGAAUUCAAGGAGCUUGUAAGGGAGGCUCUCAACAAGCGGGAAUUCACUACUCCACCGCCGGCUCCGGUGAAGGAGGAAGACAAAGUUGAGGAGAAGAAAACAGAGGAAGAGACCAAAGAAGAAGAAAAGAUGGAAGUGAUAGAAGAGAAGAAAGAAAAGAAGGAAGAAACAUCGGCGGUGACUGGCACCAAGCCCGAGGAGAAACCGGCUGUUCCAGCGAUCGCCGAGGCGAAGAAGGCCGACAAAUCGGAAACACCGGCGCCGGUGGAGACCAAGCCGGCGGAGAAACCUGUAGCUCCAGCGAUCACCGAGACGAAGGAUGAGAAACCGGCGGAUCCAGCGCCGGCUGAGACAAAGAAGGAUAAACCGGCAUCUCCAGCGGCCACCGAGACCAAGAAGGAGGAGAAACCGGUGGCUCAGGUGAUCACCGAGACUAAGAAGGAAGAGAAAACGGCGACUCCGGCGCCGGUGGAGAAACCGGCGGCUCAGGUGACCACCGAGACUAAGCCGGCGGAGAAACCGGCGGCUCCGGUGGAGACCAAGCCGGCGGAGAAAUCGGCCGCUCAGGUGACCAUCGAGACUAAGAAGGAAGAGAAACCGGCGCCCGAGGAUGCCAAGCCGGCGGAAUCGUCGGCCAUAACGAUCGAGAAAGCCUUCGCCGCAGAUGAGGAUGGGGCGAAGACCGUGGAGGAGAAGCCGGCGGAUCCAGCGCCGGCUGAGACAAAGAAGGAUAAACCGGCAUCUCCAGCGGCCACCGAGACCAAGAAGGAGGAGAAACCGGUGGCUCAGGUGAUCACCGAGACUAAGAAGGAAGAGAAAACGGCGACUCCGGCGCCGGUGGAGAAACCGGCGGCUCAGGUGCCCACCGAGACUAAGCCGGCGGAGAAACCGGCGGCUCCGGUGGAGACCAAGCCGGCGGAGAAAUCGGCCGCUCAGGUGACCAUCGAGACUAAGAAGGAAGAGAAACCGGCGCCCGAGGAUGCCAAGCCGGCGGAAUCGUCGGCCAUAACGAUCGAGAAAGCCUUCGCCGCAGAUGAGGAUGGGGCGAAGACCGUGGAGGCGAUCGAGGAGACAAUCGUGCCUGUCUCUGCUCCGGAGACCGCCGCCGCGGAUGCCGCGAAAUUGGAGGAGCAGGUGGAGCCGGAGGAGGUGUCCAUCUGGGGAGUCCCUCUCCUGCAGGACGAGAGAAGCGACGUUGUCCUCCUCAAAUUCCUCAGGGCUCGUGACUUCAAGGUCAAGGAAGCCUUCGCGAUGCUCAAAAACACCGUCCGUUGGCGCAAAGAGAACAAUAUCGACGAGCUUGUCGGAGAGGAUCUCGAAGGAACCGAGUUCGAGAAGAUUGUGUUCGCCCACGGCAUGGACAAGCAAGGACAUGUGGUGAUCUACAGCGCCUACAGUGAGUUCCAGAACAAGGAACUGUUUUCAGACAAGGAGAAGCUGAACAAGUUCCUGAAAUGGAGGAUUCAGUUCCAAGAGAAAUGCGUGAGGGCUCUUGAUUUCAGCCCGUCCGAGAAGUCGUCGUUCGUGUUCGUCAGCGACUUCAGGAACGCUCCUGGGCUCGGCAAGAGGGCUCUCUGGCAGUUUAUCAAACGCGCCGUCAAGCAGUUCGAGGACAACUACCCUGAAUUCUCUGCCAAAGAGCUGUUCAUCAACGUUCCGUGGUGGUACAUUCCUUACUACAGAACCUUCGGAUCGAUCGUGACAUCAGCCAGGACAAAGAGCAAGAUGGUCCUUGCCGGUCCAUCCAAAUCGGCCGACACCAUUUUCAAAUGCAUAGCGCCUGAGCAAGUCCCUGUUAAGUACGGCGGAUUGAGCAAAGAGAGCCUGACUAAGAGAAUCUUCUCCGCUGAAGUGACCGUCACAGAGACCAUUGUUAAAUCCGCAGCCAAAUACACCAUCGAUUUGCCUGCUUCCGAGGCAUGCACUCUGACAUGGGAGCUUAGGGUUCUGGGGUCAGACGUGAGCUACGGAGCUCAGUUCGAGCCAAGCACCGAGGGAAGCUACACGGUGAUCGUCUCCAAGAAUCGAAAGCUCGGUUUAACAGAUGAACCAGUGAUAACCGAUUCUUUCAAGGUGGGUGAACCGGGAAAGGUCGUGAUAACAAUCGAUAACCAGAGCUCCAAGAAGAAGAAGCUGCUCUACAGGUUCAAAACCCAUUCCUGUUCUGAUUGAAUCUGAGAGCAUAUGUCAUAUGAUCAGCCCAAUGAGGGGGGAAAUUGUUUUUCUUUUUCUUUUUUUGGUUCUUUGGGGAAUGUUUAUUAAUUUAAUUUAGUUUAUGUAAUAUUUGUAACUCAAAAGGGUGGGUUGGGUUUUGGUCUUUGUUCAUUCAUGAUCACGGGUUUGCUUUGUGGAUGCUUAUGAAGAAGGGUGUUUGUGUGUGUGAACAAAAGAAAUCUAUUUGUUUCAUUGAAUA